AUGACUGACGUUCUCCUCAAUUUCAUUGCUGGCGGUGUAGGUGGAUCGUGCACCGUAAUUGUUGGUCAUCCAUUUGACACUGUUAAGGUAAAUCUACUUUGAAG